AAGGAGAAAUUAGGCACGCUUUCGUGCAUCUCCCUUAUCGUGAACAAGAUCAUAGGAACUGGAAUCUUUCUGAAUCCGCUGAUCAUCUUCAAAUAUACCAACGGCAAUGUGGGGCUAUUUCUCCUGCUUUUUCUUGUGGGAGGAAUCAUCAUUUUCUGCGGCUUGCUUAUCUACUUGGAGUUUGCCUUGAAUUUACCAUUCAAGAACGGAGGCGAGAAGAAUUACUUGCUCAGAGUAUUUGAUAGGCCCAAGGGUCUUAUGGGAUGUGUGUAUUCUUUUCUGAUUGUGCUAUUAGGAUUCAGUUCCGGUAACUCAUAUUCAUUUGGCAAAUACAUAUUGUAUGCCAUCACAGACCACCAGGAAGGAGAUUCCACCGACGAUGCAAUGGUGAAAGUGAUAGGCGUAGUCUGUAUUUCCUUCUGUAUCUUCUUGCAUACGAAAUAUCCCAACCAGGGCACAAAACUUUUCAACUUCUUAGGAGUAUUCAAGAUCUUGAUCUUAGUUCUUAUCAUCGUGUUGGGGUUAUUUGUAUCAUUGAACAUUAUAGACGUUCCUGCUACGGACAACUUUUCCAACGUGUGGAAGUUUCACAACGACCAGAAACCAAACUUGUACAAUGUAUCUGUAGCCUUGCUCGAGGUGAUCUACUCCUUCAAAGGAUGGGAAAAUGUCAACUACGUACUUAACGAAAUCGAUGACCCCUAUCACGUAUUAACCAUAGCAGCCCCUGCAGCUGUUUUGCUAACUACUGUCUUGUACUUUAUGGUAUUGAUUGCCUAUUUAAUCGUCAUACCUAAAGAUGAGUUACUCAGCAGCGGUGUAUUAGUCGCAGGGAUAUACUUCAACAAGAUCUUCGGUGAAAGCGUCACCUCCAGACUACUUCCCAUCAUCAUUUCAUUGUCCAAUUUGGGAAAUGUUCUCGUAGUCUCAUACGCUCACAGUGUAGUUAACCAGGAAUUGGCAUACAACAACUACUUGCCAUUUCUGCGAUACUUCCAGAACUUGAACCACUCGUUGCUCUUGCAUUGGUUCAUCACUGUAGUCAUCCUUGUAGCUCCACCAUCUACUGAAAUCUACGAGUUCAUCGUCAAUCUCUACAUCUAUCCAGGUACCUGGAUCAACGUAGCCUUGACUGCUGGUUUGAUCUACUUGAAUUCGCUUUCUUUGUCAUCUUCAGCUAAUAAGAUCGUCUCAGCUCCUAUGGUGUGUGUUAUUAUUUUUCUCUUAGCCAAUAUCUUCCUAGCCGUAUUUCCAUUUGUUCCUCCUCCAAACGCUGCUGAUAUGGAUAUUCCAUUCUGGUGUUUCCCAGUUAUUGGUUCUGGAGUAUUCUUCCUUGGGGUUAUAUUCUACUACGCAAGACCGUGGGUACGUCUAUGG